GCGAACUAGUAACGGGGAAACGAACGGUGACUGUUACCUGGUACGAGAACUAACAUAUCAGAAGAGAAGGAACGAGAAACACCUGAGUAGUGUGAUGUGAGUGAGUAGUGACUCCAGUCAACGAUAGUCAAACAUACAUGCACCAUCACAUAUAAACCGUUGCGUUUCGUGAAACACGAAUUUCGUUUCGAUUUUCUAAACGAUAACAAAUAGAAUUCGUCUUCAAACUUUGCUUUCUGUUUUUACUUCGCCAUGACUGAGCAUCGCGGCUCCGAAGCUCUACCAGUGGGGCCCACUGAGCUUCUUCCGAAAGAAAACGAUUCCAAAAGUUACGAUAGAAACCAAGUAGAAGAAGAAGAAGAAGAAGAAAAAGCUGAAGAGAUAGAGGAACGAGUCGGUGAAUCACCGCCUGCAACCGAGUCGCAGCUAGGCAAUUCUAAUGAACCUAAUUCAGAAACCCUAAUUGAUUUUCCCUCUUCAAUUUUGCAGAAUCAAAGUUUCGAUUUGAAGGUGAGCCCUAAUAUGCUGAAUUCAGAUGACAAAGUUGAAAAUAAGGAAAUAGUCCAGACACCUCCUGAGAAGGAAAUCAUGGCAAGAGAAGCAGCCCAGACACCUCCAACUCAAACUGAAAAUCAGCUUCAAGUGAUUGUGUGUGCAACUCCAUUAUCUGAACUAUCGCCAAAUUCAGUUACAAAAUCUUUAUCAUCUAUUCCUAGUUCAACGAUUCAAAUACAGAAAAUGUCUACUCCGAACGUUAGUAAUUUGCCUGUGCCAGAAAUAGGCAAAAAAAAUCCUUCUGGUGGUAAAGCCUUAUCUUCUGUUUCUGUUGCAAGGACACCAGCAUCUGAUGGAUACAACUGGCGGAAAUAUGGUCAGAAGCAAGUGAAGAGUCCUACUACAGGCUCUAGAAGUUAUUACAGGUGUACUCAAUCAAGCUGCUGUGCUAAGAAAAUUGAAUGCUGUGAUCACUCAGGUCAUGUGAUAGAGACUGUUUAUAAAAGUGAACACAGUCAUGAUCCCCCGCGGAAGACUAAUUCCAUUAGGGAAAAUAAAUUUGUGUCUUCCAACGAACCUACUACAGAGAACAGUGCUUUAGUGAAGCCUAUCAAAGUUCUGAAGGAUUCCACUCCAUCCAUAUCUUCAAAAGCUCAAGAAGAAGCACCUUGCAGUUCUGACAAGAAACCGCAAAACUCAUCUAAUAUCAAUGGUAAUGGUAAAGUUAGUUUGAAUGAGGAACAUCUACACGAGCCAGAGCCUAAACGAAGAAAGGAGAAAGGCGACAUAAUUCACUCUGAUUCUCAUGUAAAACCUGAAAAGAAACCCAAGUUUGUCAUACAUGCAGCAGGGGAUGUGGGGAUAUCAGGCGAUGGAUACCGAUGGCGCAAGUAUGGACAGAAAAUGGUGAAGGGGAACCCACAUCCUAGAAACUACUAUAGAUGCACUUCUGCUGGAUGUCCUGUCCGAAAGCACAUUGAGACUGCCGUAGACAACUCAGAUGCUGUAAUCAUAACUUACAAGGGGGUACACGAUCAUGACACUCCUGUGCCCAAGAAACGACAUGGCCCACCAAGCGCUCCUCUUGUGGCUGCUGCAGCACCUGCCUCCAUGAGUAAUUUGCAGUUGACGAAGCCGGGUUCGCCUCAAAACCAGAAAAUUUCUACUCAAUGGUCAGUGGACACGGAAGGAGAACUAACUGGGGAAGCCAUGGACCUCGGGGGUGAGAAAGCAAUAGAGUCAGCUCGAACGCUUCUGAGUAUAGGUUUCGAAAUUAAGCCUUGCUGAAUUAAUCUUUCAGAAACCAACCAUGCAGUUGUAACUAUAUAAAUUAAUUAAUUAGCCGGUCUCUUGUAAUUUCGAAGCUUCCCUGUGUUUAUCCUUUAUUUUUGUUUCUUGUUUUUCUUCUCGUUAGGCUUUAGUGAAACAGUUUGUGUGUAUUUGCUUGUACACCCGUUCAGCUUGUCUGAAACAGUUUACUAGUAGUGGAACGAAUAUAGAAUUGAUUGGCAUCAUUUAUUUUCA